AUGUUUUCGAAAUUGAAAUCCAGGAAAGCUCCACUCUCGCUAAACUCUAUAUCCAAUACACUAAAAACCAAGGGUGCCAAAAAUCUAUCACCAGAAGAAAUCAAUGCAAAAAAGAUUGACGUAGCGGUGAUUAAUCAAAUUGGUGUGCCGAAAGAUUCCAUCACGGCAAUUGCUUUUGAUCCUGUUCAGUCAUUGCUUGCAAUAGCUACAAAGGAUAAUGAUGUCCGAGUUUUUGGCCAAAUAAAUGUCGAGGUAGUCUUUGAAUUUAAUAUCAAACACCCUAUUGUGUCUCUUCGGUUCGUUAAGGGCGUUUACUUACUAUGCACAUCGCCAGGUUCAGGCCUUACAGUACUUUCAUUGCACUCAAAACAAAUUAUUGGAACAUUUUCUUUUCCCGGAACGAUCACAGCAGCUGAAACAGAUCCUUCCUUGGACUGGGCUAUAUUUGGUCUUGCUAAUGGAAGUUUAAUAUUCUACGACAUUGAUAGAUUGAACUUGACCCAAUUUCGAAUUGAUAAUUUGCAAAAGAAGGUAAUGCCAAAAGAGAAAAUGUCCCCUGUUGUUUCAAUCGAAUGGCACCCGCGUGAUAUUGGAACUUUAUUGGUUGCUUACAAUCAAUGUGCUAUAGUGUAUUCCCUAGUUACAGGACAAAUCAAAUGUACCUUGACUUAUACAUUGUUGAAGGAACACAAAGGAUUCCAAUACUCCAACCACAUAGCCACUGGUGGAAAGAAGAAAUUGUUUGGUUCGCUGAAGUCGAUUAUCCCUUUGAUUAAAGAGGCUCAUUUCCACCCGAAUGGGUUACAUGCUGUGACUGUUCAUAAUGAUAACACUAUUGUAUUCUGGGAUGUAGAAGGAGGAGUUAUUUUGGAAGCAAGGACAUUAUACGAGACACAGCUUCACAGACCCGGGGCAUACUUGGAAGUGCCAGAGCAUUUCAACCCUAUCGAACAAGUUAAAUGGAUUUGCGGCGAGGAUCCCGAGGAAACGAGAUUACUAGUAAGUGGAGGUGAUCCAGAGGCCACCAAUACCAUUACUGUAUUAAACUUUGGCUAUACUUUGAAAUACUCCAUGACCUCACAUGAAAAACAAGGAAUAUUCUAUUCCAAUCCCCAGAAUGGUCAAAGCAAGAUUCCAAUAAACUUUUAUUUGAAUGAAGGUGACGUUGAUGGGGUUGAAACUGAAGUAAUAACCGAGAUUCAACCCGUAACCCAAACUGGCUCUCCCUACUUCCAGGAUGGCCACAAUCCUUCUUUCUUGUUACUUGUUUCUAACUUGGGAAGACUUUAUGUGGUGUCAUUUUCAGAUAAAGCAGGCGGUCAAGGUAGUGGUGAUUUAGGCAACACUAUACUUCCUACAUCGCUAUCAUUGAUUGUGCCCCCGUUAUGUUAUUGUGAUGUACAAUCUGUUAUUCGAAUUGAUUGGUAUAGUAUCAUGUCCAGUCGAGCAUCGCAGGGUGUCAGCUCUAAAGUCCGACCAUUGCUUUAUGGAGGUGCCCCUGUACCCUUGGCUAAACUUUUCAAGCCUUUAGGAUAUAAUGACGGAUUUCGAAAUAUUAUGAUUACUGGCCAUGAGAAUGGGCUUGUGCGAUUCAUUGACAUUACCAAAGGUGAACAGCUGGGUGGGGAAAGUAUUGUUCAGGUUGCGUUGAGACCCACUUUGUAUGAUUACCAUAAUCCAGCAAAUCUCAAAGUAAUAAAAGUAUCAUGCUCAUUCCAAGGAAGGCAGCUACUUGUUGGAUUGGCUUCAGGCGAAGUUGUGAUUUGCAAGUUUGGUAAAACACAAAGUGUCAAGAAUGCUGGAAUCAGUACUUCUAAGGACUACAGUGACUGCCCAAUCCAUCACGGGAGUGGAAGUGCACUGCUUGUUGAUAUCAGCGGUAGAAUUUCCGGUUCUGUUGCAACGUCAGCUUCGUUCUUGCCUUUGUAUUUGUUGAGGCUUGACCCAUCAGAACAAAUAUCUGUACUCAAGAUGAGUGAUUCUGGGUUUGCUGCCGUUGGAUAUAAAUCUGGAAGAUUGGUUGUCUGUGAUAUAUCAAGAGGGCCUGCCGUUAUUUUCAAUCUUGAUAAUGUGAAGGAAAAUUUGGUUUCAGUUACUGGAAAUUGCUACCCAACUGUACUUGAAUUUUCGAUUAUGGAAUUUGGCAUGGAUGGAUAUUCAUCAUUAGUAUUGAAUGUGGGAACCAAUUGCGGAGGUAAUUUGCUAUUUUACAAGAUCACUCCUAUAGGUAAUGGAGGAUAUCAAGUUGAGUUUGCCAACAAAACUGCACAUCUUAAUUACAGAACAGCCGAUGGUGGUGAUGCAGAAGCUUCCAAACUUCUGCAAUUGAUACCAAUUGAUGCACAAUACGGAUUAUCAACCGUUGCUGAUGAAAAAAAGUUUAAUCAAUUGGUCACAGGUGUUCCUGUUCCUGGGUAUAUUAUUACUGUUUCUGAUAGAGAUAUCAGAGUUAUUACACCACCAAAAACAAAGCUAUCACAUAAGGUGGUGGACGAUACAUGCUUGAAAGCAAACGUGGUCCACUACAAGGAUAAAGGUGUCGUGUUAGCUUUGCUUGUUAGGACUGGAUUUAUCAAGUUGUUGUCGUUACCGUCGUUACACGAUAUUGCCAAUAUUAAAUUACCCAAGGAGACAUACCGUAUGGUUCAAGAGUCAUUGGAGUCAGGAACUGCUCUUGAUUCCAAUUUGUUAUCCUCAGGUGAAAUGUUUGUUAGAACAUCAGAAACUGAGUCUGUUUACAUCUCAGCUUAUGAAAAAAGCAAGUCCAAGGAUGAGACUGAAACUGAUAAGUUGUUCAAUCCAAACGCCAUCAUUCCCCCAAGGCCAUCUGCCAGCACAUUGCUGUGGGCUAAAGGUCAAAUAAGCUACGUUUCUGUUGAAGAUUUGGCAAUGCUAAUUGCUGGACCAAAUAGAAAAGCUCCAAAAACAGAGGAGUCAACGUUGGCCCAUAACAUCAGUCCUGAAGCUAAUCCGCAAGCCAACUACGGGGGCUACAAUGCGAGGGCCCCUAAAGAAAAAGCUUACGACGAACCCGUUCGAAAAGCUGGACAAGGUGCUGGAGGAUUUGGAACUCAAGGAUUUAUGAGAUCUUUGCAAAAUGGAUUACAAACGGCUGAAGAAACUUUCAAUGACUAUGCGACCAGUGCUAGUCAAACUUUCCAAGAUGGAUAUGAAGAUCAAAAGAAGUCAUUUUAUAGCUCUGCAUUACAGAGUAAAUUUGGUUUUUAG